AUGACGGCCAAUCUCUUCCAGCUGCCCGACGAGAUCCUGGCGACGCUCUCCGACAGCUUUCCCUGCAGAGCCGCCCAGAUCAGGUCGCUGGCGACACUCCUGUACCCCCAGGCCGCUCCUUGUCGCAACCUCAUCGUCCAUGGCACCGAAGCCACCGGCAAGACGGCCGUCACCUCAGCCCUGCUGGCGGCCAUGCGAGAUGACCCUUCCGUAGAGCUUCGAUAUGCAGUCGUCAAGGCCACCGAAUGCGUCACCGCGCGGCACCUCUAUGAACGCACCAUUAGCAUCAUUGCCGAUGCUCUGGCCUGGGACAGCAGGCUCGGUAGCUGCGAGACGCUGGCCGCCCUGACCGUCGAGCUCAGCAAGCUGCUCAGCCACUUCAACACACCAUUGACACCGCAACAAACAUUAUCGACACAGACGCCGACCCCUCCACGGCGCUUCGUCCUCGUCUUCGACGCCAUAGAUCGCCAGCGCGAUGCCCCCCCACUGCUCCUGCCCGGCCUGGCUCGCCUAUCCGAGAUCAUUCCCAGCCUAACGACCGUCUUCAUCCUCACGGCGCCGGCCCCAGCACUCCUGCGCACCUCCGCCGUCGCACAUCUCUACUUCCCGCCGUACACAAAGACCGACUAUGCCGCGAUCCUGAGCCUGCAGCCGCCUCCGCCCUUGCCCAAUACAACGCAGCAGGAGACCAGCGACCUGUGGACGCGAUUCACGGGCGCGGUCCACGACUCGCUGGUCCGCUCGGCGUCGCGCACCCUGCCGAGCUUCCAGCAGGCUUGUGCCGCGCUGUGGCCUCGCUUCACGGCCCCCGUAGCCGCGGGCACGCAUAAAGCCAAGGAGUUCAGCAAGCUCCUCAUCGCGGCGAGGGUUUACUUCCAGGACGAGAGCGUGCUGGAGCCGAAGCUUGUUGUUGCCACAAGGGUCGCAAACGGCACGGACGGCACAGCAUUGUCAACGACAUCGGCCUCAAAAACACUAUCAUCAUCAUCGACAUCUACGACAAUACCUAUAACCACGACAACGACGACAACGACGAUAACGACGAGGGCGACCACAAGCACAAGCACAAAAGAGACAAUAUCAAAAGCGAACCCCCGAGCUCGUGCCAACGACCUGGCUGCUCUCCUCCCACCGACAGCCAGGCUGCUCCUCAUGGCGGCCUAUCUCGCCAGCCACAAUGCUCCGCGGCACGACUCGACGCUGUUCAGCACCUGGCACAACGGCAAGCGGAGACGCGGCGGCGGCAUCAGCGUCCCCGGCGCCCUGAGGAGAGGGCCGAAGCCCAAGCACCGCAAGAUUGCGAGAAAGCUGCUCGGCCCGGGCGUGUUCGUCAUGGAGCGCAUGAUGGCGAUUUAUCUUGCCACGAGAGGGGAAUGGGUUUCUCUGGGUAGUGGUGGUGGUGGCGGCGGCGGCGCAGACGACGACGGGAAACUGAACAUGAGUGUGGAUGGUGAUGUGGGUAUGGCAAUCGCAACGCUGGCAAGUCUGAGGUUGCUCGUGCGUGUUGGCGGCAUGGCAUCUGGCACGGGCGACAUGGACCGCGGCGGGCGAUGGAGGGUCAACGUUGGGUGGGAGCUCAUAAGGGGCAUUGGCAGGAGCAUGGGCGUAGAGGUCGAGGAGUGGCUUGUUGAGUAG